AUGUCCUAUACAUCCUAUCCCCAGCGUUCUACGUGGCUCGAGUUUCUUGGGUUCCCCCCCGGCUAUGGCCCUUGGACUUAUCGUGCUAUCCCAGAACCUUUGAUCUCAUCCGAGCUUGCACGUCUGGCUUCCGCACACGUUAACAAUAGUAAAACAACCAUGACGGGCUGUGUCUCCCUACAGCCAAGCCCAGAUCCAGACGACCGCUCCCAGGACCGCUUUGUCGUCCUAGACUGGGAUGGAUGGUCGUUUUCUGCUGUGUUUGACGGCCACGGAGGGGAAGAGGCUGUAGACUACGUCGUUCAGGAGCUCCCCUCGUUAAUCCACGCAGCUCUCACCAAAGCUCUGGCCAAUGCAGGCACCGCACCCCUUGCACCCUCGGCCGUCUCUACCAUUCUGCAGUCUUCUAUCCAAGCCGUUGAUGACACCCUAACUAAUGGAGUCAAACACCUCUUCCCCGAUGAAGCAACCCUCGCCGCCCUCACAGACGAGCAAAUCAAGUCCAUCAUUAACGGCCCCACAAACCCCAACAAUCUCACGAUUCUGCGCUGUAUGCGUGGUACGACUGCCCUCAUUUCGCUCGUGGACCCAAAGAAGGAGAAUCUCUGGGUAGCCAGCCUCGGUGAUUGUCAGGCUGUGCUCGGUACUAAAAACUCCAAUGGUAAAUGGGAUGCAACGAUCCUCAGUGUAAACCACAGUGGCAGGAACCCCGCCGAGGUCGCGCGUAUCCGCAAAGAACAUCCAAACGAAUCUGAAUGCAUCAAAUUCGACAGAAUUCUCGGCGCAAUCGCCGUCACACGAGGCGACCGCAUCAAACACAAACAUAUAUAUUCACACAACCAUCUAGCCAUUGGUGACCACAUCUUCAAGCUUCCGGUAUCCUACACCACACGAGUUUUCAUGAACUGCGUCCCCGGCUUCUCCGUCUCCUCCAAACUCGAACAUUUCCUCCCGCAUAACAAAUCGCCCCCCUACCUGUCCGCUCUUGCCGACAUUAAACACGUUGCUCUCCAGCCAUCCACAACUAACACAUCUGAAUCAUUCUUGAUCUUGUGCUCAGAUGGCCUCAUAGAUCUAUACGAACAUACGAAUUCUACCUUGGAGGAGAUUCUUACACAAUGGGUCCAUAUGCUCGGCGAGCGUAUGGACAGGAGAGGUGCCAAGGUCGGCGGCGAGGCGGACAAGGAGAAUACAGCACUGGUGCUACUGAGACACGCGCUGAUGGGCGGAGGGGUGGAUAACCCAGACCGUCUCGCACAGAUGCUUACAGUGGAGAUACCCUGUCGGUGGAUGGAUGAUACGACCGCCCUUGUCCAGACCCUUGACUACGCUCGUGGAGCGCAUCUAUAA